UGUCUCCUUCACUGUGGGCUUGCAGGCACACACAGCCGCGUAUCACCAGAGCUGGCCGCUGUCCUCGCAGUACCUGAAACACCAGGGACCUUGCAAUGAUCUCGCUGGACUUAAAUUUCAACAUUUUGACUCGGGACCUGUCGCAUUACCUGGAGAACCAAGUGAAAGUUGGGCUGUUCGGUUCGGGAGUGGGUCUGUCUCUGGUGCUGGGCUUCAGCGCGGCGUACACCUGCUACUAUUUGAUCUCAGUAGCGAAGAAGCCACAGCUGAUCUCUGGAGGUAAGAAGUUCUACCAUUUUCUGAGGGAGCAAUGUCCAGUAGUGUCAGAGACCUACUACCCCACCUUUUGGUGUUGGGAGAGCCGCAUCCAGACUCUGCUGAGACCUUUCGUCACAGCCAAACCGGGGGUCAUCUACAGAAAUGAGCUCAUUAAAGCAGCAGAUGGAGGACAGAUCUCUUUGGAUUGGUUCGACAACGAUGACAGCCUUUCUCAUCCCGACCCUGCCACCAGGCCCACAGUCCUCCUCCUCCCCGGUCUGACCGGCACCAGCCGAGAGUCCUACAUCUUACACAUGGUCCAACAGAGCCGGGAUCUGGGCUAUAGAUGCGUGGUUUUCAACAACAGAGGAGUUUCUGGUGAAACAUUACUGACCCCAAGGACCUACUGUGCAGCCAACACAGAGGAUCUGGAGACUGUUCUUGAACACAUCCAGAGGGCCUAUGAAGCUGCUCCACUCAUGGCUGCAGGAGUGUCCAUGGGCGGGAUGAUGCUGGCAAACUACUUGGGGCGCAAGGGCCGGGAAACCUGUCUGAAAGGGGUCGUGGUCUUCUCAGCGGGCUGGGAUGUGUUUGAGUGCACCGCUUCACUGGAAAAACCCCUGGACCGUUUCCUCUUCAACUCCUACCUCACCAGCUGCCUACAAGCCUCUGUGCACAGGCACAGACCAGUGCUCGAAAAAUGUUACGACAUUGAUCAUGUCAUGAAGGCAAGGACCAUCCGAGAGUUUGACGAGAGGUUCACCUCCAUAAUGUUUGGUUAUCCUACCAAUGACGACUACUACCGCGAUGCCAGUCCUGUCCACAGGCUCAAAUCUGUGCAGGUGCCAAUGCUAUGUCUCAACGCUGCUGACGAUGUCUUUUCUCCAUCUCACGCCAUUCCAGUGGAGGCAGUGAAACAGAACCCUAACCUGGCCAUGCUCAUUACCCAUCACGGCGGCCAUAUUGGUUUCCUGGAGGGCCUGUGGCCACGUCAGAGCACUUAUAUGGACCGAGUCUUCAAGCAGUUUGCAAAGGCGGUCAUUGAGCAAAGCAACCAACUCAAAGACCUCUCCUGAUAAGAAGAUGUAACUGAUGUUCUAGUUUUACAUUUUUAUUAUGUCUUCUUGAUACAUUCUGUCCUUUAUUUCUUCCAUUUUAAAUCCCAUUCUUGUUUUUUAUACCUUAUUCAGCCCUUUCUGCAAUACAUCUACCUUUUCCUCUCUACCAGACCAGUUCUGCAGUUUUUCUUUCUUCUGAUGACUUCUUCUAUCCUUGCCCUCCAUAGGUCUGUUCUAUUUUUGCUGCCACAAGCAAAAAAAAAAAAAUCCUCAUUCUUUCUCAUUUUAAAGGGCACAUUUUAUUGAAUGCAGCAUUUGUGUUGCACUCAGCAUUAAUUUAUUGAUUCCAUACAGUUAAAAGUCUGUAGUCCUGCAAGCAAAGCUGUUCAUGUCACAGCUGAAAUACUGAAUCUGUGCCCAUUUGUGCAUUAGCUAGCUAAAGAAUUAUGUGAUUACCGUGUGCAAUCAUCAGUACUGUACAUGAGAUUCCAAUCAUUUUUGUUUAUGAAGCAUCCUCUAUUGCUUUUAUCAUGAAGACAUCUGUAGGAUUUUAGCCCUCAGGGAUUUUUUUUUAUUUCCUUAACUUCAUUUUCCUUAACUUCUUUCCCUCCUUUGUACUUUCUCAGUUAUUCUCCUGGAGUUUGAGUUUUUCUAAGUUUACAUCCACACAAAGUUAUUUAUUUUCUUCUAAAGUAAUAGUUUCAUAUUUUUGUCUUUUGAGUUGUGAAGCUUGAAUUGACUUUCUUUUAAAUAUGAUGCUAAUAUCAUGAGAUGAAUAGCUUAAAGAUUGGAAGCAUAAAGAUUGGAAGCAGAGGAAAGCAGCGCCUCUGAAGCUCUAAAUAAAAUGCAGUGCCGUGAAAAAGUAUUUUCCCUCUUCCUGAGUUCUUAGGGUUUUUUUUUUCAUAUUUUCAUACUUCAGAUCAGCAAAAUAAAUUUUAAUAUUUAACAAAGAUAACCAGAGUAAAUACAUAAAAAUCUGUGUGAUGAUCUGAACCAUGUAAGUAAUGUAAUUUAAUAAAUGUGCAAAAAAAUAAACAAAUCAGGAAGAGGGAAAAUACUUUUUCUCUGCAUUUUAGUGUAAUGUUACUAAGGGAUACUUCCCUCUCGUUGCCAGGAGAAGAAUUGUCACGGGAGAGGAGUACCCACAAAUUAAACAUGAAAUUGCAAAGCUCUUAUAUUUUGGCAUAAUUUUUGUCGCUGUUAAUAAAUAAUCAGAAAGCACUCAUAAAGAAACGUAAGUCCUCGAAUGCAGUAGUUUGAGCUCGCUGCAUAGUAAUUACACAUUUUAAAGCAAAAAAGUGCAAAUUUAAUUGGUUUUUAUCUUAUUUAUUUAUUUAUUUGUUGCAUAGUUGACAUUUUGCUACAUCAGAUGGUCUAAAAUAAGUAUUAAAAUAUAGGUUUGCCUAAAAUCUGUCCAAUAAUAAUAAGUACUCACCUUUACCACACACAGACAGAUAAUGUAGUGCCUGGACUAAAGCUUUGUUUCUUUUACCUCUGAGUUGUCAGAGGUAGGAGUGACGCCACUCUCGAGUUGACCGUUCCAGCUGUAGUAGUAGUACGUGGAAAAUAUCGUAUUUUGGGUUAUUUCCAAAUUUUUUGUAGUUUAUAAUUUUGACUUCUCAGAUGCAUAACUCAUAAUUUUUGAGUUAUUAAGUAAUUUAGCUCCCCCCCCCCC